ACGCCGCAGUGGGAGUAGCAGGGAGAGGGGAGAGGGGAUGGAGCUGCAGUCUGUCGGGUCCGACCAGGGGAAGGAGAACCGAGAGAAAGAGGUUCCGCUGGAGAACGGUUCCGGAGUGAAGAACCGGCGAGGAGGAGGAGGAGGAGGAGGGGAGGAGAGGAGGAGGAGGAGCUCCCAGCGCAGGGAGGGGGAGGGGUCUACGUUCCGUAGCCCAUCAUUGGCUGAGGAUGGAGAGGGGGAGGGACAGAUCACUAAGAAUUACCAGGAGACCGGGUCAGUGGGUGGAGACAUGUCCGCUCUGUCGCCACGGAGACGUGGGGGCUGCAACGCCCCCGAAGGCUGCUCCGAUGACGAGCCAGAAGCCUGCAGGAUCUGCCACUGUGAAGGAGAUGAGGACUGUGUGCUGAUCACCCCGUGCCGCUGUACAGGCAGCAUGAGGUUUGUUCACCAGGACUGUCUGAACCAGUGGAUCAAAUCAUCAGACACACACUGCUGUGAACUCUGCCAGUACCACUUCAUUAUGGAGGCUCACCUGAAACCUCUACGCAAGUGGGAGAAGCUCCAGAUGUCGACCAGCGAGAGGAGGAAGAUCUUGUGCUCUGUGAUGUUCCACCUGGUGGCGGUUGGUUGUGUUGUCUGGUCCGUGUACGUCCUCGUCAACAGAACCCUCCACGAGAUCAACCUGGGACGCAACACCGACGACAUGUGGAGAAUAUCAGUGAUGAAGUACUACACUGCUGAGGGUAAGGAGGGUCUGGGGGGAUAA